UGCAGAUCUUUGAGGUUCGCAGAUCCCCGCAGAUCCCGCGGGCGUUCCCCACCCGCAGAGCAUCACGGCGCUCAUCGCUGGCCCCGGAGUUGGCGCGGGGCCACUCCGCGGCAGGGACGGCGGGGACCUCCCGUCCGGGAAACCAGCCCAAACCGUACAUCCUGGGGAACCCGGCGAGCCGCGGCGCGGGGGGCGGCCGAGGACGGCGGGAUGAGUCCGAGAGCAGGCUGAGCGCGCCCGCCGGGGAACCAGCCGGGUCGCGGCGGAGGACAUGGCGUCUUGGCUCUGGAGAAGGCUGCGUGGCAAGAGGUGGCCAGUGAUGGCGUUCUGCCUCCUGAUGACCCUGUCUGCGGUGGCUGUCACCCGCUUCCCCCCACAGCCUCCAGCUGGCAGCCCAGCCCCUGGUCCCCUGGAGCUCCAGGAGGUGACCGGUGCCCCUGUCCCCCAUGUCCGGCAGGCUUUGAGCUCCGGCCGGAGGCAGUGGGCAAGAAACCUGGGAUUCUGGAGAGGCCGGGCUUCACCCAGGAAUUCUGUCUCGGUCUGUGCUGAGGAGCGAGGCCACAGAGCGCGAGUGGACAGAAGCAGGCGGUCCCCAGGAGGGGACAGUGGCCCUCCAGGGAGGUUCAGGAGGGACAUUACUUUGACAGGAGAUCCGAGACUCAGUACUCAGCAUCUUGUGCUCCUGAGGGAGAAAGAGGUCAGAGAUCCAGGAGCCAAAGACCUGGGCCACCCCUGGCAUGGUGGUCUCAGCCAGGAGACUCAGAACACCAUGGGCACCCACGUCGACUCACCUGUAGGGAGUGAUGUGGCAGCCUCACCGGCCUCGAGAGCUGCUGCUGGGCUGCCCCUUGGGCGCUAUCCAGUGAAAGGCAAGGGUCUGCCGGGAGGUGAGGACAGAGCGUGGCCUGGUGGGCGACAAGCAGAGCACCCCACCCUGGCCUCAGGGACUCGUCAGUGGCCUGGCUCUGCGGGGGAGCUGCAAGGGUCUGUAUGGUGUGACGCCGAGACCCCCGGACUGUUGACCAGCUCGAGGACUGGCAGGCAGGUUCCCCCAUGGCUCACAGAACGUGACGUGCAGACCCUCCGGCUGUUGGCCCAGGGGGAGGUGGUGGGCAAAGCCAGGGUCCCCGCCCACGGGCAGGUGCUGCAGGUGGGCUUCUCUGCUGAGGGUGCCCAUCAGGACCUGUCUCCUCCCAGGCUCAGCCGACUCUGCUCCCAGGGCCUCUGUGGCCUGAUCAAGAGGCCUGGGGACCUGCCCGAGGUGCUGUCUUUUCACGUGGACCGUGUGCUGGGGCUGCGCCGGAGCCUGCCUGCUGUGGCCCGGCGCUUCCACAGCUCCCUACUGCCCUACCGCUACACGGAUGGUGGCGUAAGGCCUGUCAUCUGGUGGGCACCUGAUGUGCAGCACCUGGGUGACCCGGAUGAGGAUCAGAACUCUCUGGCCUUGGGCUGGCUGCAGUACCAGGCCCUGCUGGCACAUGGCUGCCACCAGCCCAGCCAGGCCCCGUGCCUGGGCAUCCGCCACACCGAGUGGGCACGCUUGGCGCUCUUUGACUUCCUGCUGCAGGUCCACGAUCGCCUGGAUCGCUACUGCUGUGGCUUCGAGCCUGAGCCCUCAGACCCCUGUGUGCAAGAGAGACUCCGAGAGAAAUGCCGGAACCCGGCCGAGCUGCGGCUGGUCCACAUCCUGGUCCGGAGCAGCGACCCGUCUCGUCUGGUCUACAUCGAUAACGCCGGCAACCUUCAGCACCCCGAGGACAAGCUGAACUUUCGGCUGCUGGAGGGCAUCGAUGGGUUUCCCGAGUCUGCCGUGAAGGUUCUUGCAUCAGGGUGUCUACGGAAUAUGCUGCUCAAGUCGCUGCAGAUGGACCCAGUGUUCUGGGAAAGCCAAGGCGGGGAGCAGGGGCUGAAGCGGGUCCUCCAGACCCUGGAGCGGCGAGGACAGGUGCUGCUGGGACACAUCCGGAAGCACAACCUCACACUCUUCAGGGACGAGGACCCGUGAGCCCCGCCACUGCCCAGGCAGGGCUCUCACCUCACCGGUGGGGUGCCUCACAACACAGCCCCGGGUCGAUGAUCAUCCGUCCUGAUGACCAUGUGUUCUUGGGGUCACCCAUCUUGUGCACAAAUGGGAAAAGCCAGAAACCAGAGGGGCACAUGGAUGUUUCACCUGCUUGGGAUGGUGGAGGUGGCAUUGGGUUUGUAGUCUCAGUACGUUCCUUUCUGCUGCCUUAGCUCCGGCUGUUCACUCCCUUGCACCAAUAUAGACAUUAAAACAUG